GCUGAGAGGCAGCCCUGAGUAAUCGAUCCCGGAGCGGAGGGAGAAGCAGAGCAGUGUUGUCUCUGUGUCUCUGUCUCUGUCAUGGCGCCGUGAUGUCUCUGCUGAUGAAGGAGGGGACAUUCAAGAGGAGACAUCAUCAUCGUGUUUUAAUCCCGCUGUAGUGGAGGAGAGUAUCCUGUGAUCGUUUAUAAUCGAACAACAUUAAAGAGGAGAAGAUGACGGUGGAGCAGAACGUCCUCCAGCAGCACCAAGCUAAGCACCAGCAGACGCUACUAAACCAGUUGAGGGAGGUCACCGGUACCACAGACAUUCAGCUGCUCCAGCAGGCGCUGCAGGUGAGCAAUGGAGACCUGGCCGAGGCGGUGGCAUUUCUGACGGAGAAGAACGCCAAGGUUCCUCAGCAAGAUGAGACGACCUACUACCAGACGUCCCAGGUGGCCAGCGACAGAUAUAUCAGCGUGGGCAGCCAGGCCGACACGAAUGUGAUCGACCUGACUGGGGACGAUAAAGAUGACCUGCAGAGAGCUAUCGCCCUCAGCCUGGAGGAGUCCAACCGGGCCUUCAGGGAGACGGGCAUCACUGAUGAGGAGCAGGCCAUCAGCAGAGUUUUGGAGGCCAGCAUCGCGGAGAACAAGGCGAGUCUGAAGAGGACCCACACAGAAGUAUGGAGCGACUCACCCAACCCACACGACAGGAAGAGGAUAGACACCUGCCCCGUGGGGCUGAAGAAUGUUGGCAAUACCUGCUGGUUCAGUGCUGUCAUACAGUCUCUGUUCAACCUGCUGGAGUUCCAGAGGCUGGUGCUCCACUACUCACCGCCAGCUCGAGUCCACGACCUGCCUCGCAACCAAAAGGAACACAGGAACCUGCCCUUCAUGCAGGAGCUGAGGAACCUCUUCUCCCUCAUGGUGGGGUCCAAGAGGAAAUAUGUGGACCCGUCACGAGCUGUGGAAAUCCUCAAAGACGCCUUCAAGUCCAGUGAGUCACAGCAGCAGGAUGUGAGUGAGUUCACACACAAGCUGCUGGACUGGCUGGAGGAUGCAUUCCAGAUGAAGGCUGAAGAAGACAGGGAGGGUGAGAAGCCAAAGAACCCCAUGGUGGAGCUCUUCUAUGGGCGCUUCCUUGCUGUGGGUGUCCUGGAAGGUAAAAAGUUUGAGAACACCGAGAUGUUUGGGCAGUACCCGCUGCAGGUGAACGGCUUCAAGGAUCUCCACGAAUGUCUGGAGGCGGCGAUGAUCGAGGGCGAGAUCGAGUCGCUGCACUCAGCAGAGAACUCUGCCAGGUCUGGACAGGAGCACUGGUUCACAGAACUCCCUCCUGUGUUGACCUUUGAACUGUCCAGAUUUGAGUUCAACCAAGCCCUGGGACGACCCGAGAAGAUCCACAACAAGCUGGAGUUCCCCUCGAUGCUCUACAUGGACAGGUACAUGGACAGGAACAGGGAAAUAACCCGGAUCAAGAGGGAGGAGAUCAGGAGGCUGAAAGAGCAUCUGACGCUGCUUCAGCAGCGACUGGAGAGGUAUCUGAGUUAUGGCUCAGGCCCCAAGAGGUUUCCUCUGGCGGAUGUCCUCCAGUAUGCCAUGGAGUUUGCCUCCAGUAAGCCCGUGUGCACGUCCCCGGUGGAAGACGUCGACUCGUCAGCGCCCCCCGGUGGCACAACAGGACAACAGCUGUCCCUACCAAGCACAGCCGAGCAGGACUCCUUGCCCCCCCCAGAGAGCUCGGGUCCUGCCUCAGGUCCCCCCACAGCUCCCACUGCAGCCCAGCAGCAGCAGCAGCAGAGAGUACCCAUUCAUAAGCCCUUCACCCAGUCCCGGCUCCCCCCCGACCUCCCCAUGCACCCCGCCCCGCGCCACAUCACUGACGAGGAGCUGAGGGUGCUGGAGGGCUGCCUGCAUCGCUGGAGGAGUGAAGUGGAAAAUGACACCCGCGAUCUGCAGGGCAGUAUCAACAGAAUCCACAGAACCAUCGAGCUAAUGUACUCUGACAAAUCUAUGAUGCAGGUUCCAUACCGGCUUCAUGCAGUGCUGGUCCAUGAAGGCCAGGCCAACGCGGGCCACUACUGGGCUUACAUCUACGACCCGCAUCAGCGUUGCUGGAUGAAGUACAACGACAUCUCUGUCACCAAGUCGUCCUGGGAGGAGCUGGUCAGGGACUCGUUCGGAGGCUACCGCAACGCCAGCGCCUACUGUCUCAUGUAUAUCAACGACAAGAAGCCCUUCCUCAUAGAAGAGGAGUUUGAUAAAGAAACGGGACAGAUCCUCAGCGGCAUGGACAAACUGCCUCCAGACCUGAAGCACUACGUGAAGGGGGACAACGAGCUGUUUGACAAGGAGAUCCAGGAGUGGGACGCCCUGCAGGCCCGCAAGGCCCAGCAGGAGAAGCUGGCCCUGGCCGCGGCAGCUGCCGCGGCUGCAGCCGCCGCGGCAGCAUCCAGCACCUCCACUUCCACCUCUUCCCCUCAGCCCAUGAGCAUCGAGUCCAGCCCUCCAGACAACACAGUGCCCCAGCAGGACCCAGAGUACAUGGAGCAGCCGUCACCCACCAACGACUCCAAACACCUGCAGGAGGACACGGAGAGGGCCAUCUCCAGAGCUGCUGCUGAGCAGGAGGACAGGAGCCCCGAAGCUUUGUUAAACGCUUCUCCUCCCCCUCCCUCCCCUCAGCCUGAGGUCCAGCUGAGCCUCCCCUUCACCUCCACCCCUCCUCCCGACCCGGUCACGGAGGACGAGUCCCCUGGCCAGCGCACCAUAGAGGUGGCCAUUCCUAACGUGGGGACCUUUGUCAUUGAGUCAGAAGAGGGGGGGUACGAUGACGAGGCGAUGAUGACCCCCAACAUGCAGGGUGUAAUUAUGGCCAUUGGCAAAUCCAGCGGCGUGUAUGAAAAGAACGGGCCUGAGAACGCCUUUUUUAAGGCCAUAAAGCUGGAGUAUGCUCGUCUCCUGAGGUUUGCCCAGGAGGACACCCCUCCUGAGAACGACUACCGGCUGCAGCACAUCAUCGUCUACUUCAUCCAGAACCAGGCGCCCAAGAAGAUCCUGGAGAGGACUCUGCUCACACAGUUCGCUGACAGGAACCUGGCCUUCGAUGAGCGAUGCAAGAGCAUUAUGAACGUGGCACGUGCCAAACUGGACCUGAUUAAACCCGAGGAGGUCAACAUGGAUGAGUAUGAGAUGUGGCAUCAGGCCUACCGGAAUUUCCGUGAGACGACCGUCUUCAUGAUGACGGGCUUGGAGCUCUUUCAGAAAACAAAUUACAUCGAGGCUCUGAUGUAUCUGAUCUACUCCUACCAGUACAACAAGGAGCUGUUGUCCAAAGGGCUGUACAGAGGACACGACGAGGAGCUGCUGGGUCAUUACCGUCGGGAGUGUUUGCUGAAACUAAACGAGCAGGCGGCUGCCAUGUUUGAGACGGGAGAAGAACCGGAGGUGACCACGGGCCUCGGCAUCAUGAACGAGCUGGUGGUUCCCUGUAUCCCUCUGCUGCUGAUCCACGACGCUGAGAGAGACCUGCUGGCCGUGGAGGACAUGAGGAACCGCUGGUGCUCCUACCUGGGACAGGAGAUGGAAUCCAACCUCCAGGAGAAGCUGACCGACUUCCUCCCCAAGCUACUGGACUGCUCCACGGAGAUCAAAAGCUUCCACGACCCCCCCAAGCUGCCCGGCUACUCCACCCUGGAGCUGAGCGAGCGGUUCGGCCGUGUCAUGGCGGCCCUGGGCCGGGCGCCCACCGAGGGGAGAUGAGCUCAGAGGGACGCCACGCACACCUCGGGCACCGGACCCCGGGCACCGAUCCACGGAACUCUCUUAACCCACGCCUUCCUUCUAAAUCCAGGGGUCUCUCGCUUCUAGCUGUUACUCCUCUGUUACUCUUUUGCUGCUAUAGAUUUUAUCAUUAUAAAUAUUAUUUCAUUUUUAUUUGAAGCAAAACAACAGAGGGAGGAGGACGGACUGUCGGGGGGGAAACGGGAGGAGUUGAUGGAGGAACAGCGGCGAUGAUGUAGAGGUUGGAAGCCGAGCACGGCGUGCUUCAGUUUGAGGGUUUUUCAUAGUUUCUUCUUCUUCUUGUUGUUGUUGCUGUUUGAUUGAAGCUUCCCCGACUCGCUCUCAUAGCCCUUUCUAAAGCCCCCCCUCCUCUGCAGUUUGGUACAGUAUUACCACCUUUUCUUUCAUUUUCUAAGGAAGUAAGGAAGAGAGCCUUCAGAUGUAUCAGCAGCUCAUCAGCAGCUCGUCAGCGUCUCAGAUGGGGCUCUGUCCAGAAGGAGAUGUUUGAAGCGUGUGGUAGACGGCCGCGGACUUCCUGUGGCUUGUUAAUAAAUCGAGAGAAUAAAAUUUUAUUUAUGGCCCUUUUAGGCCAAAUAAACAGAUGUUUUGCCUGA